CGUUGCGCGGGGCGGGCGGGCCGAGGGGGGGCCGCCUGGGCCGGGUGUUGUGUCUGUGUCUGUGUCUGUGUGUGACGGCAGCGGCCGCCGUGGGACCGUCACGGGGCCCGUGAGGAGCAGCGGGGGCCCCGCACGAGUAGAGUCAUCAAUGUGUUGAAGACAUAUAUUUGAAAGGUGGGGAAUUAGUGGAAGAAUUGCAACUUUUUGAAGAUACAGACCUUUCCGUACUUUUCUUGUUGCAUACCUGGAAAAUCAUAAAGGAAACUUCAUCCACAUUUCAUCAAAAUGCAGCGGAAUCUAUUACAUGGUGCAUCUCAGCUGGCACAUGGGACGUGUUGGUUUUUUCCUCACACUGCCGUCUUUCAGUGCUUAAAAGGACAGUCCAUGCUGUCUAAUGUGGGAUGCAAAGUGAUUUUGGCACUGGACCCCCCUAAGCGAUGUCUUCAUGCAGGUGCAGCACACUUUGCCUCAAAGAAAACUGCUUUUCCAUCACAGCCAGCAGACACUCCUCACAAAGAAGAGAAAAAUCCUUCGCCUUCGGCCACUGGUACACCCAAGCAGAGCCCUGCGGAGUCAGAUCCCUUAGAUCCUGAUCCAUUACAGGACAAAUCAAUUAGCCUUGCUCAGAGAUUCAAGAAAACUUUUAAACAGUAUGGAAAAGUCAUGAUUCCAGUGCAUCUUCUGACUUCCACCGUAUGGUUUGGAUCCUUUUACUAUGCAGCCAUGAAUGGGGUGAAUGUUGUUCCAUUCCUAGAGUUGAUUGGCUUACCAGACAGCGUAACAAACAUCCUGAAAAAUUCCCAGAGCGGAAAUGCACUAACUGCGUAUGCAUUGUAUAAAAUUGCAACUCCUGCCAGAUACACUGUGACUUUGGGAGGAACAUCCAUCACUGUUAAAUAUCUACGUAAGAGUGGCUACAUAUCCACACCACCACCAGUAAAGGAAUAUCUGCAAGACAGGAUGGAGGAAACAAAGGAUAAAAUUACGGAGAAGAUGGAGGAAACAAAGGAUAAAAUUACGGAGAAGAUGGGGGAAACAAAGGAUAAAAUUACGGAGAAGAUGGGGGAAACAAAGGAUAAAAUUACGGAGAAGAUACAAGAAACCAAAGAUAAAGUCUCAUUUAAAAAAAUAAAGGAGUAGGAGAGAUGCUUAAUUUUGGAUAUAUCAAACAGCACUUUAACCCUUUGUGAGGCAGGAUAUGCAAAGUGCACUUCUGAGCUUUUUUCUUUCCUUUUUUUUUCCUUUUUUUUUUCUUUUUUGUUCUUUUUGGUUUUUUUCACUUUGUCUGGAGACAACAAUUGCUAUGGGGAUUUAAAGGUUAAAGUUCCCUGGGGGAGAAGUUGUGACAAAAUCUCAGUUUACAGAAGGAAAAGUGAAUCUCGUGCUAGAAGUUAAUAUGUCCAUUGGUCAUAGUGUUAACAGUUAUUCUUCCCUCUUUUUUUUUUUUCCACACCCUCCUUCUCAAAAUGGAGAUGGUUUCUGCCAAAAACCACUGCUUUAUUCUUCUUCCAUCGUCGUGCACAGCCAUUAUUCCACUAGUCUCUGAACCUUCCAUUAAAUGAGAAUGAAGAUUUCACUGCUGGGAAAGGCGACAUGUUUAGGUUUUUAGAGUAUGUGGACCCAAGCCUCUUCAAUCGUGAUCAUCUCUCAACUUGGAGACAGACCAUUGUCACUGCAUUGAUACUGCACAUGAAGGAAUCGAUGGAUUAGGUACUGGGGUAGCCAGAAUGAAUCACAACGGCUACACUGACUUCAGCCAGGCUGCCAUAGUUUACAGGUUGAGACUAUGAAUCUUUCUUGGACAGUGCAUGUUUUCAGAAAUCUCAACUGAAAGCUUUAGGAAGAUAAGUUAAUCACAGUAGCCACACUGUCAAGUAUACUUUGUUUCCUGAAGAUGAUUUACAGUAGAAAGUCACUAAAUGAAAUUAAUCAAUAAUUGUAUAUUAAAAACUAGGAUUUGUUUAUUGUGUUAAAGUUUACAAACCUGCUCUAUUUCAUUUUUGAAACAAAUAAAAAACUUGAAAGAUAAGUUUAUUUGAGAAAUUGCUAUACUAAGGGGCUUUUAAAACACACGGAAAGUUAUAGUUAAACCCAAGAGUUCCUGCUACUAUUCAGAAAUCCCUCAGACUUCGGUAGAACAAUUUGAGUAAAAUAAGCAUGAUUUUUGAGACAGUGAUCACAAUCUGCCAAACUUUUUUUCCCCCCUAGAUUUUCUUAAGUCAAGCAAACACUUACUCAUAGCUGAAGGCUGAAAUGCUGCCUCAGAGAUGCCAUAAAGGACUAUAGUUGAAACUGUUCUAUUUGACUGGGCAGGCAGACUUCUCUUGCUCUUACUCAAAUAAGGCUAAAUUGAAAGUGUGGUUUUUCCUAUUUCUACUACAAAUCUCACUUGGUAGCAACUCUGCAUGUGUAUGUUGUUUAACAGAAGUGCUUUUUUGCAGGGGGGUAGGGGCAAGGAACAGAGUUGGACCCUGAGCAUUGUGAUUGACUAGAGUAAAAGAAUAUAGCUGAUGAAGUAUCAGCUCUGUCCCACUGUUCUGUUUUCAUUCAAGUCACUGAGGGCCUCUCCGUGUUUAAGUGAGUUGAGCUUCAUUAACUUAAUUGUGCAGGAUUGACUACAUACUUCUCUGCCUCUGCCCACAUGUCAAAUAGUAACUGCAGUCUAAUGCCUACCUCACAGGGAUGUUGUGAGGAAUAAUCAUUGUAUAUUCAGUGACCUAGAGAUGUAAAGUGCCAUGUUUCUGAUAAACAUUAUUAAAAAAAUAUUUCUGUGAA